GGUGUGGACGGAAUCCACCAGCCUGGCACCUGAGGCCCUCAACUCGGACAUUCUUCCCUACUGCAGCCACAACACUCAAGAGCACUGUCUCCUAGAGAGCCCUCGGCCCAUGUGCACAAACAACAAGGCCGUAGCAAGGAACAGUCUCUAUACAUAACCAGAUCACCACCAAUAUCCUGACCUCACCAAAUUAAUCAACAAAUACAGCAACAGCAGAAGACUGAACACUGGCGAGACAUUAUCCAUCAACCAACCCAAGCCAUCUACCAACCCAAGCCAUCAACCAACCCAAGCCAUCAACCAACCCAAGCCAUCAACCAACCCAAGCCAUCAACCAACCCAAGCCAUCAACCAACCCAAGCCAUCAACCAACCCAAGCCAUCUACUAACAGCCAACUAACACCAUAAUUACACGCUGCCAUCUUCGAGAACACGACGACAAACACAAUAACCAGCCCAAGCCAUCAUGGAAACAGGAGACUGGUAAGAUGGAAUGGGCCUGUUGGUCCAUAAGUGAGGUUCUUCACCUUGACCUCAUCUAAGGCUAUAUAUCCGGCUGCAAAAAACUUUGUAACCAAAAACCUGGCCACAGUACCACACCCGGCCCCCACCAGCAGGCUUGAGUAACUUCACAAGACACCCAUCGCCACUGCGACCCGUUGAGAGGGUUUUAACAACGACUAUUCACCACAAACGUCUAAAAGUCAGGACUCGCCCCAUGGACGGCCAUACUUUCUCCAAAAGCAACGUCUUGAAGAUCCUAAAAGAAGCCGCUGGCAUUACACCCAUCGACCUUGGUCAAGAAGGGGAGAAUGUUGUCCUCUAUUUCUCGUGUGGAGGAUUACGAAAGACUCAAAAAAUUCGAUCGCACACUUCGCCAAGUACACCACCUCUGUCUUCUCUUCUCACGUCAGUACAUCGCCGACCGAACAGUCUUUAUCAGCGGGACCAGCCGCUGGAUCACGGACCGAGAACAAAUGGAGAUCAUUACCAACAUCGAGGAAGAAAACCAGAACAAGGGUUCUUGUUCCAAGUACUGUGGGGUUGGAGCGACGCCCACGCCCACUGCCGGGGUCAGGGAGGGUUUCUGCCCUCCAGGGAGGAAUACAAGCAGCUGAGGGCGGCAUGGCGCCUCCCCAUCAACCUCACGUGGACGGCCCUCACGCCUCACAACGGCCACUACCAGUGGCUCUCUGAGUGCCCAGCCAUUUCCCCAGCAUCUAGCGACUUCGUGACAUGGAGGGAAGGGAAGCAGCCGGAGCUGUGGUCCCGGGACUGUGCCGCCCUCAGCGUCCACCUGCAGGAGUUCCAGCUGCACGCCUGCGCUCACCAGCUGCCCUUCUUCUGCGUCCUCCAUAACAUCUCACACCUCGGAGACGUGGAGGCCGCUGACGACAUGGAGCUCCGUGUGGAGGCCAGCACCGCCACGGGCAGCCACGGCUGGAUCCCCGUCACCACCAGCCAGUUCCACGACCUGACACUGUCCUGCCACGCCUACAGCAAGACCACCGGAGAACUCCUGUCCCGCCAGCCGCGUGUAUUCUGGAGGAAGGACUUGGUGUACAUGAACCACUGCGUGAAGAACAUGAUGCCGGCCACCCUCCACGACCCCACCAAGUCGACGGCCGACACCGUGCUUCCAGGGGUGACUGAGAAACCACCCAUCUUCAUCAACCAGGGCACGUAUUGGUGUGAAACCUGGAUGCCCAAUGGGACCGCCCGCCUCACCAGUAACAAGGUCCUGGUUACACUGGAAGAGUGGUUGGUAUUUGUGUUCCACGCCCAUAGAAACGAGUCGUUUCCAGGAGGCACUGAAGACCAGGCAAAGGACCUCCUUCGUAAAUCGUUUGUUAAGCAGUUCUACAAAAUCUCAAACUAUACUUUGGAUGUCAUCUCUAUUGAGAAGGAGGUGGUAAGGACUGCAUAUCUAAGGACUAAUUACAGCUUUCAUCUGCAUGUACCCAGAGCUGACUUUAUACGACAAGAGCUAAGCUUCUUGAAGCACAAGAUUCAAACUUAUAAGGAAAUCUAUAAGUCCAACGGGUAUUUACCCUCUUCCAAAAUUGCUUUUCCAACGCUCUGCCUCGGUGGGAAAAACUCUUUUGGUUCUGAACACAAUCUAACGUGGCCAUUUACCUUAGCAGGAGAUGUUCACCCUGAGAACUACAAGUGUAAAGUAAAGUAUGACAAGCUGUAUCCAGGACGGUGUGCAUGGGAUUAUAUUCACGGAGCUCGACUGGUCUUUGACCCGUCCCAGUGCGAGUGGCAGGACUUGUGCCCACACGGGUACACCAGAGUCCUGGACUCAUGUGUGACCAUAUCAGCACCCGGCAGCUGGAUGAGCGGCUUCAUCACCACCUUCAACACCAGUCAGGAGAGAAGCGUGCUUGACAGUUCUUGGUUCUUCAUAAAGCGUGGCGGCUCGACUCUGUAUGAUGAGAUAAAAAACAUGGUCACAUCUAGAAGGAAUCAUACCAAAAUAUGGUUACCAGUUAAACGACUACGACGUUUAAGUCCACUGAUCUAUAUGGGGCCACGUCAGCCCGAGCACAGUUACGAACAGUACAAAUCUUUUAACGAGCAUGGCAUAUCUUGGGCCAAGCAACACCCGCGCUCUGAUGAAGAAUGCUUGGCACUGAACAUGGUAACAAACUCUCUCCAAACAGCAGACUGUAAUACACAUCUUCCUUUUGUGACAAUUGUGAAUGGUACCUUCUUGAAGAAAUCUCAGUCAUCGUGGGAGUCACUUAUAAAAAACUGCUCAUUGUGUCCUGCCACCUGGAGCACAACCACUUUAAAAAGUGACAAUGAAAUUUAUUUUAAACUCUUUAUGAAUCAGGGAAAUCUCACUUGGCCAGAAGCUAGCAGUUUCUGUGAAAAAGAACGUGCUCAGUUACCAUCACCCAAUGUAGGGUUCCUGGACUGGGUAUACCGUCAACACCUUUAUUUUCACAAAGUUAGUGAUGUCUGGAUGGGCGUAAAGUGGAUCCAUGAAAGAUUGCUUUACAAUGGAUCGGUUGAUAACAUCAACUGGCUGGCAGAGACGAACUAUACAAAGAAUUAUGGCACACUGACUCAGACUGGCUGGAUUCUUGAGGAUGAAGAAAUAACUAAGCAAAACAUAUUAUGUCAACAAAUAAUGUCUCCUAAAAAAAGUAUGCAUCUACAAGUUCAUAAACCAGCUAAUGAGGUUUCACAAACAAUGUGCAUUGACGUGGAUCCCGAGUCGCUACUAAUAGACAGAGAUGACAGGUACCUCCAGUGCUACGUCAACGGUAAAUACACUAAGCAUGAGCAGACGGAGGACUCAGGCUGCCAGUAUGAGCUGAAAGUAAAUAGCCAGGGCUUCUACCAGUGCCUGGCCUGGGCGCAGCCGCCCCUCACACUGGCAUACUCCAAUGUCAUUCUUCACAGGGAUCACAGAACAUAUACGUUUGUUGUGACACUUUCGCAGGACACUGGCUACGAACCAGAGUAUCACGACAGCACCUUCAGGAAAAAGCAAAAACGUCAAAGCUCGCCAGAAACAUGUACUGAUGUUUUCAUGGCAAGCUUGAAGAACAUCAGAUUGGCGAAUCAGUUACGGUUUAACUCAAGAAAUUUAUUUUAUCUUCCUGAUCCAAAUGAUGGCAAACUUUUACAUAACUUUCACCUUGAGUGUGAACUAAAGGAAACUGAUUCAAAUUUAUUGGAAAAACAACUUUUUGAGACUCUCAUUGAAAUGCUUCCUAAUGGCAAACAAUUCUCAAACUGCACUUUGAUGGGCAUUCGGAGCACCGUAGGGUGUUCCGCAGACACUACACACAACUAUGGCUUCAACUCUACUAGGAAUCUCACAUGGCCAGCAACCCAAGGAAAUUCUGUUGUGAUACCUAAAGAACUCUGCAUAACAUACGAGGGAGAGCCAGUCACGAGAGAGUGUUUGGGUAACUUUUAUGAGGGCUACUACUGGAGUGUUGCGGGAAACUGUACAGGAGAGCCCUCACAGGUAACACAAAGACUCUGGGAAAUCAAUAGUGACCCAAAAAGAUAUUUAGAAUUUCCUUCUAAUUCAUCUACAUCAUUGGCCGAACUCACUACUGACAGCUUGCAGUUACAACCCGUCGACAUACAUUUCAUAGCUAAAACAUUAGAGUCGUUUUCUAAAGUUGAAAGCCCUAGAUGGCUUAGCUUAGAUGAAAUAGUAGAGACCAUCAAUAACGUAAUGGGAGCCAAUUCUUCAGUUUUCGAGCCAGUACAGAUGAAACUUAAUUCUUCUAGUACGCUUUUGGAAGCCUUUGAACAGCUGACAUUCCAAGUGGAACUCCCAAGCAAAAAAGGAGACCAGAUGAAGAACUCCUCAAGAAAGCUCAUCUCAGUUGAGCGUCUUGAUUUGGAGGUGAAUUCAACGAUUGUCGGGUACAAGUCCCGUGAGCAAGGGGAGGGUGAUGGGCGGGUGGAGACCCUAGUAAAGGGUGUUGUCCAAUCAGACCUGCUCGAUGCUGAGGCCGCCAUCAUCCUCCCAAGCAACCUCACUUACACAGUUGCAUCCAAGACAGCCAGAGAGGCUACAAACAGAGUUCGUGAGGAUAAAAAGGUUUCAAUGACUUUUGCUGUUUAUAGAAAUGAAAAAUUAUUUCAAGAUAACAUAUCUCUUGUCAACUACACAGUCAAUAGCCGAAUUAUUCAAGCUUCAUUCAAAGGAGAGGCAGUUAGAAAUUUGGAAUACCCAAUAAAAAUUUACUUCAAGCCUCAUUUGCCUGGUAAUGAUACCAAGUGUGUCUUCUGGGACUUCAAGAAGAAUGAGGGUCGGGGAGGAUGGUCUGAGGAAGGCUGCAGGCAGGGGGGACGCGUGGGCGACCACCACAUCUGCCUCUGUACCCAUCUUACCUGUUUUGCUCAGCUUAUCAAUUACGAUAAAAACAGCAAUUUCAACGAUACUCACGAAUUGAUCCUGGAUGCAAUAACAAUUAUAGGAUGCUGCUUAUCCAUUAUAGGGCUUCUGCUGGUAUUCACAACCUUCUUCCUGUUUAAGAAAUGGCGACGUUCCCUGAGCAACAAGAUCCUGGUUCACUUAUCUUUCUCUGUAUUCUGCAGUGUAGUAAUUUUCCUGGCGGGCAUCAACCAGACCUGGAAUGAUAUAUUGUGUCGGGGAGUGGCUGUCGGCCUCCACUACUUCCUACUCACUUCCUUUGCCUGGAUGCUGGUGGAAGCUGUCCAUCAGUACUUGAAGUUUGUCAAGGUUGUUGGAACAUACAUCCCAAGAUUCCUAUGGAAAGCCUCAGUUUGUGCAUGGGGCAUUCCACUUCUACCUAUCCUGGUGGUGCUAGUGUACGACCCUUCCUUAUACGACAGCAAGGAAGAAUAUACCAAUGGAAAAAUAUGCUGGAUGUCUGUUGAUGGGUUCAAAUAUGCAUUUUUACCUCCCCUGGUGGCGACAAUGACAGCCAAUUUAAUUAUCUUCAGUAUGAUCAUCCACGGAGCAGUAUGUGGUCGAGCCAGAGUCACCUCCACCAUGCCUGAGAGAACAUUGUUCAUGAACCAAUUCCGAAUGGCCGUUUCUGUCUUUUUCUUGCUGGGUUUCACUUGGAUAUUUGGGUUAUUAGCCGUCAGUCAUGCUCGAACCGUGUUCUCUUAUCUCUUUUGUAUUUUCAAUACUCUACAAGGGUUCUUCCUUUUCGUUUUCCACGUAUUUCGAGAGCGUAGUGCUCGAAAGUACUGGAAAGACUUCCUUUCUGUGUUGACCCAAGAUCCCGUGUCAUCUACUCCCGGAAAUUCAAUGAACUUACCUCACUCGGGUCACUUCUGCGACCACCGAGACAGCGUUACUUUUGAAAAGUAUGGCGGCAUCCUGGUAUUGCCUCAGGGUCUCGUCAGGCCACAUCUGCGUCGCACUGUCAGGGGCAGUCUCCUUUCCGCCCGAACAGCUUCCACCUUGGUGCACUCCAGAGCAAGUUUCAGCCCCUGAUCUGUUCAGCAGUGCCUUACGCUGAUCAGAUCAGGGGAUUAAACUCUAUCUUCUACGCUGCCGGUCAGUAACAGUUGUCACCUGACCAUCCCUCGCAUCAAGCCUCGAAGAUACCUUAAAUGAGAACCAUCUACAAGGUGAAACGGUGUAAGGGAUGCUACAACCAAUGAAUUCCUUUGGGUUAAGGUUGCUGUGAAGGUCUCGGCGAGGAGUGUGUAUUUGUAUACACAUGAAGAACUGAAUUCCAUUACAGCAGUUACCCCCAACCACAAAUAACAAUAGAAACAAACAUGUUACAGUUGAACACACAACCAGUUCUGUGUUAGUAAAAUAAUAAUCAGUCUGUGAACUUGCACCUAGUGUGACUGUAGAGUGAAGAGAAUAGGACCCAUAUAGUGUUGAGAUGAGUAACACCCAUGGCGACCGUGGGACCCCCAUGGUGUGCAGGCGAGUGGGGCCCAUAGUGUGAUUUACAACUUACUGACUGGACUGUAACAGGUUACUCACUGAGCCAUGACAAGUUCAAUAAUUGCCCGGAACGCUGUGCGUAUUAGUGGCUUUAGGUAUAGUAUGUCCUAGCUCUAUCUAGAAAUCCAAUGUUUGUAACUCAUUUUGUAACUCAUUAGUAACUGUUGUUACUGACUGUACUGUUAGUAUCAUGUUAUUAAUUGUACUGUGAGUAACAUGUUACUGACUGAACUGUAACAAGUUUGACCGAACUGAGUAAUAACUUGCUGACAGGAUUACAAAGUUACACACAGGAAGUAUUUAGUUAAUAAAAACAGAGUAAUGUCUAGUCUGUACUGGUAAUUGACCACCGUACUUUGUAUAAUUAUACUGUAUUAGUUCCAGUUAUAAGUAAAUGCACGCACACACACACACACAUUAUAUUAUAUUAUAUAUAUAUAUAUAUAUAUAUAUAUAUAUAUAUAUAUAUAUAUAUAUAUAUAUAUAUAUAUAUAUAUAUAUAAUGUGUUCGUGCGCGCGUGUGUGUGUUUGCGUGCGUGCGUGUGUGUGUGUGUAUGCGUGUGCAUGUGUGCGUGCGUAUUGUAUAUAAUAUUUAUAAGUCACUGCCAUAGGUUACUUACCAUACUGAGAGGUUUCUCUCUCUAAGGGAAAAAGAGAAAUACUCAAAGACAAUGUAUAUAUAAACACUUUAACCAAGAAGAAGAAUGUUGGCAUGGCAUGAAGACGAUGGUUCAAAACAAUGAUACUCACUAUACCCUGAUGACUACAUAUGAUGAAUACCGACUGAGGCCUUGUGGGAGAUCGUCAUCACUAUAUAUAUAAUUAGUCACCCAAAUCCUAAAGUGGGUAAAUAUGAGUCAUGACAGGCCAAUAUGCAUGCUUAAACAUGUUUCAUAAUCUUACUGAACAAAAGUAUUGACCAUUCAGUUUUAUGGCUGAAAUGUAUUUUGUGAAAAGAUUCUUGACCCUCCUCUUCAGUUUAUGAAAUUACCUCUCCAUCUCUUCCUCACAUGUAUCAAUACACACAUCCUCUCAUUAUGGAAGCAGUGUUGACUGCCAAGAAAGUAUCCCUCUCACCUGACCCUCCUCCCACAUGCCCACUCGGGGUCAGGCUGUACCAAAGAACGUGAGUGUGAGCUCUACUCACACAAGCUUGCCUUAUACAUUAAGCAUUGUUUACUACUUAUAUAUUUUGUAAAUAUUGCACUGUCUUCGUCUCAUCCUGUUUUCACUAUAAUAUUUUGAGGAUACUUGGCAAUUAUUUGAAGCAUAAACCUUCUCUACUCUUCCAAGAAUCUCAAAUAUAUUUGUAAAUUAUGAAUCUUGCAAUUUUACAGGAAAAUGUCAAAUAUUUGUAAAUACAUCAUUUACACAUUUA